AUGUCGUUAGAGGCAUCCAUCACCCAGCUCACGGAUAUGGGCAUCCCGCGACCGCGAGCCCGUGCCGCCCUCAAACGCUCCAAGGGUGACGUUAUGGCUGGAGCAGAACGCGUCUUUGGAGGCGAGUUUGACUAUAUUGCGUCGGAUGCGGAAGACAGCGGCAAUGAAGACGCAACAGGGCUGCAGACGCCUAUUUCUGGAUCAUCAACGCGUGAGACCUCAGCCAUGGACGGUGUGGUCAACAGACCCGACUCCGAGAGCAGCGAUUUCGACGAUGACGAUGUGGGCAUGAUCGAGCUGGGAGACUUUGCGGAAGAGCCGCGCGGAGAAGACCCGUACGCAGGCGUGUUCUUUUCCAAGGACCGUGCUGAGCGGCUUGUCGAACCUGUGUUAGAAGAGAUCUACGCAACCAUCAAGCUGCCACCAGGUGAAACGGAUGCACUUGGCAAUCCAGCGAGCCAACGCAACACUCGCAUUCUCAGUCGCGGCGAGUGGAUGAGCGGUUGCCCCGAAGGAGGCGAGCAGAGUUUCCUGUUCCAGCUCUACAACUACCUCUCGGAGGGCUCGAUGGCGUGCGCGAACGACUGUGGACACACAGUUCAGCGUAAGCCUGAGCACUUCUUCCCUCUUUUCUCCGAUUUUCCCAACUACACCCGGUAUCUCUCCAGCAUCAUCGAACAGUCCUGUCCGCGCUGUGGGCAAGUGACUUGCCUCGCAUGUGGAGAGCCCGCUCAUGGCAAGAACAAGGCCAAGACGUCCUCCACUGGCGAAAUUGAGUCGCUCUUUCACUGCUCAAACAUCCAGGGCGUUACUCUUGGCGUAGCCCUACACAUGAUCGAGGGGGCGUUCGGAAGCACCCUUGACUUGUCCCAGGUGGAAAUAUCCUCUCCGGCGCCCAAGAAGCGGAAGAUCAAGUCUUUAGCCAAGAUGAUCAUUGGAGCAGCGCCCGAUAGCGACUCGUCGUCGGGCGACGAUACGGUCCGCCACGGCGUGAAGAAGGGGACCGGGUACAGUGGUUCAUUCCAUGAGGAUACAUCAGGACAGGCUGCAGCUGAGAAGGCACAGAACGAGAAGGACGAGAAGACGGCGACGUUGCUCUCGCAGGUCGCUGUGUACCUGCCAACGUUGAAGCGCGAGAGUGGCGCGCGCACCUCCGACCUGCUUGUUCAUCCUACAUCUCUCGCCCAUCUUCGGCGUCGCAGUGGUUUUGUCAAUGACCUCCUUCGAAAUGACUCACUCAUGGACAUGUCUAACCGCUCUAUCAUCUAUAGAGCACUCAUGGACUGGCUUGAGAUCGUCUCCAGCCAUGAAGCUCUCGCCACGAUGCUUGCGAUGCCGUCAAUGCGCCCCGCCAAAAUCGGACCUGGACCCGACUCGCAGUCCGUCAGCAUUCUCUAUGAGGGCAGCCCCAGUCCCCGCGAGCUGCUAGAGAACGUUGUCAUCCAGGCGACGGCGGCGCUCAAGGGUCUCUCGGGAAGCACGGAGAAGCCCGAGGACACCGACGAGAGCGAGUGGCAGAAGAACCGCGCUCUCUACGACUUCUGCCAGCGUUUACUGAAAGCGCGCGACAACAUCGACAAGCUCUUGGCUGCAGCCAAGGGCAAGGAGUUCGUGGACCGCAUGCUUGAGUCGUUGCCUCGUCUCGGCGCUCCCAACGGUGGAAUGGCGACAUCUGCUAUUACCGACGUGAAGGAAGUCUAUGAGGAAUGGGCAACCAGAGUGCGCUUCGAGUACUGUAGCCUUCGCAGUCCCGACGACGAGACCCAGUUCCUGCACGCCUACAACGAUGCGGCGCAUAAGCUUGUAGGGAUGGACAUUCCUCGACGCUCGCUCGCCAUCGCGAAGGAGCUUGCCAUCCUCACCACCAACUUGCCCACCGCGUGGGACACGUCGAUCUUCCUCCGCGUCGACGACGAACGUGUGGACCUCCUCAAGGCCUUGAUUGUUGGUCCAAAAGACACACCAUACGAGAACGGGUGUUUCAUCUUCGACAUCUUCCUUCCGCACAGCUACAACCAGACGAACCCGCUCGUCAAAUCGAUGACGACCAACGGUGGGCUGUACCGCUACAACCCAAACCUGUACGCAGACGGGAAAGUCUGUUUAUCGCUUCUCGGCACGUGGUCUGGGCCCGGAUGGAUCUCGGGCAAGUCGACACUUCUCCAAGUCCUCAUCUCCAUCCAGAGUCUCAUCCUCUGUGAGGAGCCUUACUGUAACGAGCCCGGCUGGGCCACACAGGGAGGUUCCGCGCAAAGCAAGAGGUACUCGGCCAACAUUCGGCGCAUGACUGUCAUCGACGCCAUGGCGAACAACAUCAAGUCACCUCCAAAGCCUUUCGAGGCGGAGAUCAAAGAGCACUUCCGCCUCAAGGCAGACGCGGUUCGCGCGCAGCUUGAAGCGUGGAGUGUGCUGGAUGACGGCAAGCCCACUGUGGGCGAGCCGUCCGACUUUCUCUCAGGUGUGAGAGGGGGCGUGAAGUUUGAGGAGGCAGCAGCGGACCUUCGCAAGCUGCUGGACGAACUCUCCUCACCGACGCCGGCGGUGCGUCGCAACCCAACCCGUGCGACGCGCAAGGCCUAG